AUGGAUACAAACACUUCCUUACUUGAUGCUACUAACAACUUAACUCAAUUAAGUGAUGAGAUAAAAGGAAAAUAAACAUUUACUUAAAAGAUUAGGCUACCCGAAUCUCUAAAUUUGAAAAAUAGCAUAUUUUAGUUUAUUAGAAAAAUGUAGUUAGGAAACUUGGAAGAAAGAGAUAUAGUCAUGAAAACAUAGCAAAAAAUAUUAUAAGUAGAGAGAGAAUUCCAAAGUUUGUUUGAUGAAACUGAUAGUUAGAUUAUUUAGGAGAACUAUGAAGUUAUAGAGAGAAUUUUGACAAAAGCAUUAUAUGCAUAGUUGUUAAAAGGAUGCAGAGUUAAAUAUGAUAGAAAAAUUGAAUUUUAUUGCAGAUUAUAUGAUUUUAUCUAGCCAAUUUAAUUCCAAGUUGAUAAAGCUAUAGUCAACCAUCAGAACUUUUAAAAGGCCAAAUAAUAGAUUUAAAAUAUAGAUGCAUGCUAAACACCAAAAGAUAAGAUAAAUUGUAUUGUAAAUGCAUGCAAGCUUAUGAGCAGUACUUUAGCAAGUUAAUCUAAAAAUAAUCCAACUGGAAUAGAUGAUUUACUACCAGUUAUGCUUUAUUUGGUUAUAUAGAGUCUUCCAGCAAGACCCCUUACAAAUAUUUAAUAUAUUUAAGAGCUCAGGAGUGAUAAAUAUCUUUUAAGCGAAGAGUAUUAUUUAACGCUUUAUUCAAGUGUUAUGGAAUUGAUUGAAAAUCUUUAAUUUUCAGACUUGAAAGAAAUUACUGAAAAGCAGUAUAAUGAGUAAAUCAAAGCAAAUUAUAAGAAAUAUGCUGAAUUCUUAGACGCUGUAGAUAAAGAAGAAGAAGAGAUUAAAAAACAAGAGAUAUUUAAAACUGUUUCUUAAUUAUAAAGUUAAUUGAAAGAUUUUAAUGAGAGGCUAAAGAUUUUAGAGUAAAAUAAGCUAAAAUUUGCUUCGUUUCCAUACCAAUAAAUGACUUUAGGGGAUUUGCAAGAAUUUUAUAAUGAAUACCAUAUAAUUCAUAAACACAUCUUAGACAGCUAAUUAGAAUUAUAAAAAAAUUUAAAAUUUGUUAAUAAAUUUAUUGUUUCGAAGACGAACCCUAAUGGAAUUUAAAAAAUAUAACAAGAAGAUAAUUCAAGAUAAAGCUAAAACAAUAGCAAGUAAUAAGGAUUGCUAUCAUUUUUUUGA